AUGAGAGGACGCUCGAUAAACUUGCGACUGAUCCUCGUUUCCGGGAAGACGAAGGAGUUCAUCUUCAGCCCCGUGGACUCGGCUGGCGACAUCGCUGUGCACGUUUAUGACAAUUGGCCGGAAGCUGACUGGGCGUCGGAGUGCGUGUCCCGGGCUGAGAUCCUGCGGCUCAUCUACCAGGGCCGCUUCCUCCACAGUUCAGUGACCCUGGGCGCAUUAGGCCUGCCCCUGGGCCGCACCACGGUCAUGCACCUGGUGCCACGCGAACACCUGCCCGAGCCCAACUCACACGAUCAACGACAAAAGAGCAAAGGCGGCUCCAGCAGUUGUUGCUCCGCGUCCUGCUGCAUAUUG